AUGAUUAAUAAAGAUGAUAACAUGAGUGAUGAUGAAUAUGAUGAAUAUGAUGAAGAUAAAAAUGGUAUGAUUGAUGAUGAUCUAAAUGAUUAUCUAAAAAAAUAUGGAGAUUCAGAAUAUGAAUUUAAUUCUGCUGUUGAAAGUGGAAAUCUUGAAAUAAUAAAAUAUUUACAUGAAUUAGGGUACAGAGAUUCAGAAUAUGAAUUUAAUUCUGCUGUUGAAAGUGGAAAUCUUGAAAUAAUGCAAAAAGCUUCAGAAUACGCAAUUGAUAAAGCUUUUGAAAAAGCUGUUGAAAAUAACAACCUUGAAUUAAUUAAAUACUUGCAUGAAUUAGGGUAUAAAGCUUCAGAAUUUGAAUUUGGUCAAGCUUUUAAAAAAGCUGUUGAAAAUAACAACCUUGAAUUAAUUAAAUACUUGCAUGAAUUAGGGUAUAAAGCUUCAGAAUUUGAAUUUGGUCAAGCUUUUAAAAAAGCUGUUGAAAAUGACAACCUUGAAUUAAUUAAAUACUUGCAUGAAUUUGGGUACAGAGCUUCAGAAUUUGAAUUUGGCCAAGCUUUUGAAAAAGCUGUUGAAAAUGGCAACCUUGAAUUGCUAAAAUACUUGCAUGAAUUAGGGUGUAAAUAA